AUGAAAAAUAAGGUGAUUGGUCGAAAGUUGAAGAAGCUGUACAUUCUGGAGGAGACUGACAAGAAGUCGUUUUCUCACAUUCGACAACUUGAGGUCAUAUACACGCUUGAGGACGACACGCUCUACGCCAACCUUUUAUUCAGGUUUAUAUUUUCUCGGAAAUGCCAAGAAAUCGAGCGAUAUAGAAUGGGUAAACUGGUCGGAAACACGGACAUGGCGCUCUUCGAAAAAGAGGCCAAAGACGGUAAAACGGAGCGACUUGUGUUUUUCACGGAACGUCCCGACGACUACGUGUUCCUGAUGUCGUGCACCGACAUGAAGGCCUCACCGUACGCCUGUCGGGAGUCGUACUACCUGUCACUCGACUCCCGACACAAUCCGCCUAACAGAUUUCCGUGGGCGGUAGCAGCUAGCGAGUUGAAGGCCAAGAUGGACAUGACGUUCGAGGACCCUAGAUUCAUCUUCAACUUCGUCCUAACACCCUGUGUACGGGGUGCAUGAUAGUUGUUAUCAGAAGACAAGAAGCAACGACUGUGAUACAUUCAAACAGCCAUAUUUAAGAACGAUUUUGUGUGACAUAGCCAUACUUAAAAACUAUCCUGUGUAUGACAUGGCCAAAUUUAAGAUCGAUUAUGUGUGUGACACGGCCAUAAUUUAGAAUUAUUCUGUGUGACACGAUCAUAUUUUAGAAUAUUUCAGUGUGGCAUUGCCAUAAUUUAGAAUUACUCUGUGUGACAAGGCCAGAUUUUAGAAUUGUUCCGUGUGACACGACCAUAUUUAAAAAAUACUUUGUGUGUCACAGCAAUAUUUUAGAAUUAUUUUGUGUGUCACUUACUUUUUUUGCGGUUCAGACU